AUGCCGAUCCCCGAAAGCGACGAGGAGAUCAUGGCUAGCUGGUCCCCUCAAGAAUGGGGAUUUCAUGACUGGGGGGAAAGGAAUAGCGAAAAGAUUCUCGACACCCAAAGCCGGGACGCUGAGUGGGAUGCCCAUAGCAAGCUCAUCAAACACGCAUGGCCAGACCCUGACGACCGCAGAAAAUACCUGGAAUGGUCACACACCUGGAACGGACGUAUUUUCGUCAGAAAAAAGUAUAUUAUGAACACUGAAGACUAUAUUGAGAUGAUCUCUCAAACCGACUUUCUAGAUAUGGACAAAGUCGAUACGCUUUCUCUCAAUAUCUCUAUCUAUCAGAAUCCUUUUGUUGCCAUUGGCGAGACAAACUUUGGACAUGUGUUCAGCGGUUAUGCUUUCACGCCCAUGACCGACUCCCUUGAGCCAAAGUACCCUGACUCUGAUUCCGAUGUCUUGGGAAACAUGAUACUCGCUUUGAACUUUCCUCUUCCGCACUCCCCCCUUUUGUCUCCGGAAUCUUCUGUUGGCUCAUUCGACACCGAUAGUGAUUCAAACUCGUCUGUAAGCACAGAACUUUCACCCUCAUUUCCAAGAUCCACUACCAGUCAACCGCACUCUCCUCUCUGGGUAGAGAGCUGCGACAUCACCCGAGAUAACACGCCUGACUCUGCUGCGUCCAUUGUCGAUCUCCAAACACUGUUGGGCGUACGCUUGGGCUUCAGCAAUAGCCCCUCGUCUUUCAACGCUAUCCAUAGAAAAGGAGGCCACCUCAUGGCCACAAUCCCCUCUGCAACGGGAGAUAUGCACGCAAAUACAUUCGACUCUGGUCUUCAGGAUUUCGUCUUCGCUCAGUUAGGAUUGCUCUGGACUUUUACUGGGGACUGGAAGAAAGCUCGUCACGGAAAUCCCAAUGACGACAAACGGGGAACGAUGGAACCCGACCGGCUUUGCAGUGGUGGUGCGACUCAGCCCCAAAGGCGAGCUUGCCGAAAGCCGAAGGCGAACAAAAAGACAACCCACAAGCGAGGAUUCAUCCUCAAGCACUACAAGCCCGUGCAUCCCCACCCGAAGAGUGAUUCUUCUUUCUCUAUUGCCAAGAUUGCCGAUAGCAUCCUGGAGCUAGGAUCCUAUAAGCGCCAGUUUGAUUUUGAGGUUCUCCUGUCUAACGAGCCCCAGAUCGUCAAUGCAAAGAUGUGGGUUUACGGGCUGGAUGGACCUGCGCUUAUGCCUGUAUGUGAGCCGAAUGAGAUUGACAUCUGA